CGCCAUGUCGGAUGUACUUCCAACAGCGGAAUUGCGAGGUUGAAAGUACAGGAGUCUCUCGACUAUAAAACUUGUUCCCCUUCCUGUGAUCUUGUUGUGCUUCAUUCAUGUCUUCAAGCGAUCUAUCCAGAAAAGCUCACAAUAAAUCCCAGCACAACACAGCAAUGUCUUCUGCCAGCUCUUCAAAACGAAUCGCCGUUGCCGGCGUGGGCUCUUUAGGUCUUCCUAUCGUCCUGGCUCUUCUCCAAGCUGGAUACUCCGUCACCAUCCUGACUCGCUCUGCCAACACCAAGAAAGAAGGCAUCCCAGCAGGCGCCAAUGUUGAAUAUGCCAUGGUUGACUAUACUUCUGUCAGUUCCAUGAAGAGAGCUCUCGAAGGACAUUACGGUGUCGUUUCCACCUUGACUACAACAUCCGUAGGCGCGCAGACUCCGCUGAUAGAGGCAUCUGUCCAGGCUGGCGUGUCGCGCUUCAUACCCUCAGAGUUCGGGUCGGAUACGACCAAUCCCAAAUCCAAGACCCUUCCAGUCUAUGGCGACAAGGUCGCCACUCAAGCGAAACUCGCAGAGGUCGCCGCGAAGAACCCUAGCUGGAGCUACACGACCCUCAUGAACGGUCCCUUUUUCGACUGGUGCUUGAUGGUCGGAUUCUUUGGAAUUGACCUGAAGAAGCACACGGCGACUCUGUACAAUGGCGGAGAUCGUAGGUUUAGUACCACGACGCUGGCUGGCGUCGGCAAAGCAGUCGUGGGCAUCUUUGCUCAUCCCGAAGAAACGAAAAACCGCACAAUUCGCGUCCACGAAACCGUCAUCACCCAGAAAAAGGUCAUUGACAUUGCUCAACGUUUGGAUCCCGCAGAAUGGACGUACCAGGCUGCCGAUACGGAAGAGUUGAAGAGCCAAGCAUUCGAGGUUCUCUCGAGUGGGAAAUCCGAGCAAAUUAUGGGUGCGAUGCUGAAUUUCAUCCUGAGCGCCGUACUCGGCGAAGGAUACGGUGGUGAAUUCGUUUCAACCGAGAACGAGACUCUUGGAGUGCCUCUUCUCGACGAGGCUGGGGUGGAGAAAGUCGUUGCCCAGUUCAUCUGAAGUACUCCAAGCACACAGACAGUUCAAGAUUACAGCUAGCUUGAAAACAAUACGA